UUCAGUGUGUGAGUGUGUGUGAGAGAGAGAGAGAGAGAGAGAGAGAGAGAGAGAGAGAGAGAGAGGUGUAGGGACACACCAUCACCGUCAGACACCUGUCAGUGCAGGUGGAGACAGUCACUACUGAAUAUCUGAACCUGGACAUUUCACUGGAGGACUUUUUCUUCUUUCUUUCUUUUAACAAUCGAUACUCUGAUGUUUCUUGUAAUGUUUGCAUUUUGGAUGUAACUGAACGUUGACUGAAACUGUUCCAGGAGGAGGAACGUUUCCCAUCAAAGACCUGUGACCACCUGGGGGGGGGGGGGUUAUCAGAGCCUGAGAGGAGGCCUACCGUUUCUGACACAACCGACUUUCUGCGUGGACCAAUGGCGGACUUCCCGUCCAAAGUUGCCACGGAGACCAGCUCCCCCAACUCCCAGAGCGCUCAGCAGGGGGGCAACAGCCUCCGAGGGCUGGCGGCGAAUUUGACCAGCCUGGCGGACGUGUCCUUCAUCCGAAGCAUCCCAGCUCUCCUCAUGGUCGCUGAAAUAUUACUGGGGCUGCUCCACUGGGCGUUGAUAGCCAGCGCCCCCUACACGUUGGUGCCGGCGUACGGCUGGGUGAUGUUCGUGGCCGUCACUCUGUGGAUCCUCACCACCAUCCUCUUCUUCAUGAUCCUGUUCGGCGCCCAGCGAAAACUCACCGCCGUCCCCUGGCCCCUGACGGUGAUGGCAUAUAACGGCAUCGCCGCGGUCGUCUACCUGUCCGCCUUCCUGGCCAACGCAGCGUCCGUCCGCCCUUACAUCGGCACCUAUUACUAUGGAACCAUGGCGGCUGCCGCUGUAAGACGCCUGACUGCUGCUCACGCCGACUCAAAUAUGCAACCGCACACGCAAAUACAGUGUCAUCCUUCCGUGUAUAUAUCCAUCCAGUCACCUCUGGGUUUGAGUUCAUCUGUUCUUCGGCGCGGUGGUGACCCUGGCGUACGGCGCAAGCGCCUUCUUCGCUUAUUUGGACUGGAAGGGCGACGGGGGAAACGCUGCCACCAGCACAGUGCCGGUGUAGGACUGGAGCCCCGUGAUACUGCUCCUGGGAAAAAAAGACUCCUCGUGUUUUCAGGUGCCCGGAUAGUCUAGUGUUGAUACACUCAACCCUCAACCCACUUGACUAUUACUGUAGACUCAAAUCUUUAAUCUGAAUCUCAACUUAUUCAUCAUUAAUAAUGAAAUCUAACCCAGACAGAAGAGAUCCCUGAACAGAUGUCUGCCUCCACAUUAUGAAAAUAGGUUGAAUAUCAACACUGGAUUACCCUCACGGAAAUGUUCAUAUUAAUACUGUAUCUCAUGAACACAGUAUCAGAUAUGAGAUGAGUUUGGCAAAAUAGCCUCAUGUCUGUCACCAGGAAACAACAUCAACAACCCUUGUCGUAUGUCUGAGUGGAAAACUCAGAUAACAACCUGUCCUAAAAUAGAUAAUAAAAAUGUAUUCCAAAGAUGGAAUAUUUUCAUUUGGAAGGAAAAUAGAAACAGUGGGGAGAAAUGCUGCAAUUACAAACUUUGUUGGGAACAACUUGUGAUUUUGCAUCACACGUAAAAAAAAAAAAAGGGAAGAAAUGACAUAAAAAUCUGAUUUUCACCACGAAAAGAUGGAAACUUGUUCCAUUUCCUUUACGAGUGUGGUGUUACAACUGUCUGUAAACCCGACAGCAUGAACACACUUCCAGUGUGCACUCCUCGGCACAGUUGUUAUAGCCAUCGAAGAAGAAACAUGAAGCAACAUAGUUAUUGAAAGUUUGUUUUGUACUUUUUGUUUACACAUCAUGGUGUCCUCAUGAACUGAAAUGGCAGCGAGUGACUGUUUGCAUAGUGUCUGUGUCCAGCAAAUAUCUAAUCAUCAUUUUCUUCCACUGAAUAUCCAAACACUACGCACCAGUUCACAUAGGAAGAUGUCAAUUCCGCACAUAGGAAGCCAAAACAAUGCACAUAUGUAAGGUUGUAGAUUCCCAACGUAUUUACUAUUAAUCAAACACUUCCUGAAGUCGACACACUGAAGAUGCAGGGUUACUUCAGGACGUUACUAACUCCUUUAGUGAUUCAUAUUAUUCCACAAGUGAGUUGCGGAAACGUUGUGCAACAUAUAUUUUCAGAUUUGAAUCAAACACUGCUCAACUCCUCUUGCUCUGUAUGUAUCUUUAUGAAGUAUGUUGUGUUUUUUGUAUCGAGAAACUCUGAGGUUAGUGCCGGGACUCAACAUUGCUCUUGUUCCAAUAAAGCACUUGGUGAUUUGAGGAUA